UUCUAUGGUUUGUGCGAAGGCGAAAAUACCGAGAUGCAAUAAUGUAAAGGAGGCAUUAAAAUAUUGGAAUAAAUUAGAAUUAGUGUUAAGAAGAAGGUAGAAUGGGUAACUUAUACGGUGACAACGGUGGAGUUGUUCAAGAACAUCAGCAAAAUAGGGAUUUUGUUAAUUAUUUCGACAAAAUGCAAGGAAACUUAGUGGCGGAUAUGCCCAAUUGUGGUAGUGGAGAUCUACGUGCGCGUAAAAAUGGUUUCAAGGCUAAUGAGACAGAAGCGAAGCCUGUUAAUGGCUGCCUAAAGAAUUGCUCCACUAACUCCACGACCUGUCAACAAGCGAAAGGCAAAGUAUGCCCUAACAGCAGCCAAGCGUUGCUCACGCCAGCGAAAAAACUAAAAGAAUUGGCUGAGGAGCACACCACCAAGACGUCAUUCGAGGAAGUACCGCUUCAUACUGCCUGCCUCACAUAUCUGGGCUUCUAUUUGCUUAUGAUACUCGGCUAUAUAAACCAGUUGCUUUUCGUGCCGAAAGUCGCAAAAGAAGAAAAUCGUGAUGGCUACGUAACACUCUAUGAUGCCUUCGAGAGUUUCUACUCGCGUUAUGUAUACCGACGUGUGCGCGAUUGUUGGAAUCGUCCCAUAUGCAGUGUACCUGGUGAUGAGGUAACACUCAAGGAUCGUGUAACGAAGGAUUAUGGGUGGAGUUUUCAGUUUACUGGCACUGAAACACGUUGUUUAAACCUGGGAUCAUACAAUUAUUUGGGUUUUGCCGAUGCGAAAGGUCCGUGCGCGGAGCAAUCUGAAAAGACCGCACGCGAAAUGGGUUUAGCUUUAACUUCGUCACGUGUAGAGUUGGGUACAACACAACUGCAUUUGGAUUUGGAACGAUUGACCGCACGUUAUUUGGGUGUAGAAGAUGCGAUCGUAUUUGGCAUGGGAUUUGCGACAAAUGCGCUCAAUUUACCAGCACUCAUUUCGCCGGGUUGUUUGGUUUUGAGCGACGAAAAGAAUCACGCUUCGAUUAUUUUGGGUCUGCGAUUAUCUGGCGCUACCACCAAAGUGUUUAAGCAUAAUAAUAUGCGGGACUUGGAACGUGUCUUGCGCCACAACGUGGUGCAUGGCAAUCCGAAAGCAGGUGGUAAACCAUGGAAGAAGAUCUUGAUUUUGGUGGAAGGUGUUUUCAGUAUGGAGGGUUCCAUUGUGCGCUUACCAGAGAUUAUUGCUUUAAAGAAAAAGUACAAAGCUUACUUGUACUUGGAUGAAGCACACAGCAUUGGCGCAAUGGGUCCGAAUGGUGGUGGUGCCGUAGAUUAUUUUGGCGUGGAUCCUAACGAUGUCGACAUAUUGAUGGGUACCUUCACGAAGAGUUUCGGUAGUGCUGGCGGCUAUAUUGCUGGCUCAAAGCGUUUAAUCGACUAUUUGCGCACAAACAGUCAUGCACAUUGCUAUGCCAGUAGCAUGUCACCGCCCAUUGCCCAGCAGAUCUACACUUCGAUGAGUAUGAUAAUGGGUUUGGAUGGCACCGAUAUCGGGCGUCAGAAGAUUAAUCAGCUGGCGCGUAAUACACGCUAUUUCCGUCGGCGCUUAGCACAAAUGGGUGUAAUUACGUACGGGCAUGAGGACUCGCCGGUAGUGCCCAUGUUGGUUUACCUAUUUUCAAAAAUCGGUGCCGUUGUACGCACAUUGACAACACGCCACAUCGCUGUCGUGGGUGUUGGUUUUCCGGCGACGCCAAUCAUGGAGGGGCGUAUACGCUACUGCCUAUCGGCAGCACAUACCAAAGAACAAUUAGACAAUGCACUAGAUGUCAUUGACGAGAUCAGUGAUACAUUGGGCUUAAAGUACUCGCGAAAACCUCGCGAACCCAAUCCAAUUGAGUAUUGAAUAAGCACAACCCCCCGCUAAACGAAACUCGCAAACAAAGCGCAGAUAUCCACACAGUGCUUCUAAAGCGCGUCAUGAUAUUUGUCUGUGUAUUUAA